GGGGGCAUUGCAGUAGAAGCUGAAAGUUCCAGGGAUUCUAGUGUUAAUAAAGUUUAAAGUCGUUUUUAUAAAGGCAUUUGAAGUUCUGUUUAAGAAUAUUUUUCACACUUGAAGAUAAAAUUCACAUCAUGAACAUAACAUCUGCUAAGCUGUUAAUUAUAUAAGUUUGCCGAAAUUACAAAAAUAAAUUAGAAGCAUAAACUUUACUUUAGUGAAUACAUUUUCUAGUAAGUACCAUCUGUUUUUAUCCUGAUACGCUCAAGCAAAUCAUGAGCAGUUUCUGCAUCAAAAUGUAUUUUUUUCCCACACAGGACUGACUAUUUAAACAUUUAUGAGAGAAAUGUGCCCUUUACUUUGUUUUCUUUUUUAUUUUAUUUUAUUCUUUUACUUCUGUUGUAUUUUUUGGUUCAUUUUCUUUUCCCCACAUCAUGGUUUCAUCUGGUUCCAUUUGCUCACAGUCCACAGCUGUCUUCAGUUAAGUUAAUCAUUCUCAGUAUAUUUAAGGAUCUGAUUUGUUUGAUGUAUCAGUCUUAUUCUGUAGGUGUAUUAUUGUUUAAGGUCAUUAAUAUUGUAGCCUCCUGUCUUACAGAUGAGAUGAGCGUCUGCAAGUUUUUCAUUAAACUCAAAACAGGAAAAAAGCCAGAAUGUUGAAAGUAAAUCAGAAGAUCCACAAAAACAAAAUGUUAGUUUUACUCAAUAUUUGACAAGAUGGAAGACAGAAAUCCUCAUUUUGUAAUUAUUCUCAAAUCGUCAGACAAGCUUCUGUUGUUGCCUCACUUAUAGUAAAUUAAAUUGAAUCAAGUUUUUGCAACUUGCUUUUCCAAUUCUUUUUUUAUUUUUAAUGUAAUUUGAAAGGAAGAUGAGAACAAUUUUUCCUCACAAACUGACCAAUAAAUAGACAAUUCCUAUGUAACUUUGACCUAUUUAAGUAGAAAACUGAUGUAAUGUUUGACUGUAGAGAUGGUGCUUGAUUUUUAAAGAAUAAAUUAACCAAACUCUGCCGUGUCCUGUCCAGAAUCCUCCUGUAGAAUACUGCUACCCCAUUCUGGUGACUGAUGAAUAUGCAAACCCAGCAGACGUCAACUCUCUGGGUGUCUCCUUUUAUUUUUCAUUUCAAAAGGCAUUUACAUGUUUUCCAUGUUUCAAACUAGUUUCCUCCUGACUGAAAUUGAAACAUCAUCUGUGUUCCUCUUUCACCAACAGAAGCUCCAAAACAUGAUGAAGUUCUGGAUCAUCGUGGGUGUGAUGCUGCCUGUUUUCACUCUAAAUAAAGCCAUGGCAUCAACUUCGUGUGAUAAAGCAUCAUUUGUGGAAAGUUGUAAAACUCAGAAUUUUACUACUCACAACAUUUCUUCAGUAUGCAAGAAGGAGAACUUUCCAAAUCAAAACUUCACUGGAGGAUUAAAAAAUCUAAACUUCACUAGAGCAUCAAAGACCAAACCCGUUCCUCCAACAGGAAACAAUGAAGAUUCCAUGGACAAAUGCUGCAGCUACAUGUGGUUUCUUUGUUGCAAUGCCAGCAUUCCAAACCUCUUGCACAAUGGCAGUGUGAAUGACUCUUCAAUUAAUGACACUGAAUUCCAGACUUGUAGAAACAAUUCAGAUGAGUUACAGAAAUUUGCCAAAGAAAUGUUGGUGAAAAUUUUCUGUCCCGCUUGUGAGAUUGAGAGAAGCAUAAAUUUGAGUCUUCCACAGAUUGCAUGUUUUGUGGAAUGCAUCAUCCAACGUUGGCCUCUUGGAGAAGCUGACAUUUCUAAAGACCUUUUUGACAUUGAGGAACUUCUGCAGAUUGUAAUGGUGGAAGCAACUGAAGUUCUGUCUAAAAAUAGUUACGUGGCGCUGCUCUACAAACACACUGGUGACUUCAGCGGAGUGGAGUUUCAUGCAAAUGAAAGUCAGAUAUCAAUAGGUGUCCGUCACAAUUAUACCAAAAUGAGCUUUUGGCUACCGAAGGAACUUGGUCUCUCUAGUAAUGAAACUCUCGUCUUUCUGACCCUUCAGCUUCCAAACCAGACGGCUGACAACAGCUCGACGGAUCUGUUUGAGAGGAGACUGUUUGGCCUGAGUGUGAGCAAACGGAGAGUUUCAGGACUGCAAGAAACGGCCAACUUCACCAUCAGUUUCACUCCAGAACUAAAUAAAAUCCCCCAAUGUGUGUUCCUGGAUUAUUCAACCAAAAAUUUUAGCAGUGAAGGCUGCAGGACCGAGUGGGAAUCUGGUCAGAACUCCGUCAGAUGUUUUUGUGACCAUUUCACAUACUUUGGUGUGCUUCUGGUAUCUCCGUCCCUGUCCCCUGAAGAUGUGAAGAUACUGACAUACAUCACCUCCAUUGGCUGUGGCAUUUCUCUCUUUGCUCUUGUUCUCACUGCCUUCCUUUUGUUCACAAAUAGGGAACUCCAAACUGAGGACUCUAAAAAGAUCCACGCCAACCUCGUGAUCGCCUUGAUCCUCCUCAACCUGCACCUAAUUCCCAGUGAGGUGGCUGCAGAGUCCUCCUCUCCAGGCCUUUGUCUCUACAUGGCUCUUGCUCUCCACUACUCUCUGUUGGCCACCUUCUGCUGGAUGGCCUUGGAGGGGUUCCACCUGUUCCGUCUGAUGGUCAAAGUCUUCAACAUCUACAUCGAUAGAUACAUGUUGAAAAUCAGUGUUCCAGCAGUCAUCGUGUCGGUUUUGUUGUCAAUCAACAAAGACUUUUAUGGCAGAUAUACGUUUAUGGAUUCUUCAAACUCCAGUAGUACUGCAAUAUGCUACAUAACCGAUGAGGAAGUAAAAGGGGUGACCACAGUGGGAGUGUUUGCUCUGAUGUUCCUCUUUGUCAUGGCUAUGUUUUUGGUAACAGUCAGACAGAUAAUGCCAAACUGCUGUCAGAAACAGUUCAAGCAGAAGGACUGGAGAGGACUCAAGCAGAACAUGUGCACCGUGCUGGUCCUCAUCACUCUGCUGGGAAUCACCUGGGGACUCAUCUUCUUCUCGUUUGGCCAACUGACCACUCCUGGCCUCUACCUCUUCUGCGUUGUGAAUUCACUACAAGGAUUUUUCAUCUUUCUCUACUUUGUUAUCUCUCUAAGAAAAACUGAAGGCAUCCAAACUUCAUCAAGUGAGAGACCCAGCACCAAAAAGUCCAACCACCAAAACCCCUAAUGGACCUGUGUUUCUAAGUCAUGGACUUGUGUUCCAUGGCAUUCCUGGCAUUAAUAGCAAUUUGCUGUCUGUGAAUUAACCCCUUGAAUUUGAAAUAUGCACAUGUCACUUUUGACCUGACUGUAUAACUCAUGAUUUAGAGUUUUUAUUAAUGUUAUAUUGUUCCUUUUAAUUGUAUCGUUUCAUCUACAUAUUUUUGUUGUGACAACGCUUUUCAGCCUGUGUCUCCUUUGAAAAGAGAUCUGAUCUCACUGGGACCUCUGGGUGAAAUAAAGGUCAAAAUCAAUAAAAAAAAAUAAAUAAUCCAUCUGUUACCCUGGAUUUGCACUGA